AGUGGCACCUGCUCGUGGGUUCAGGGCCAGUUCCUGGGCGGAGAAGACGUUAGGCGGGGAGGUGUUUGCUUGUAGACCCUGUACAGCCUGGUUCUCUCCCACGUCUGGGAGGGGCCGGAGUUGGAGACAACAGCUGGGCUGGGCUGCGAGAGGUCAUCUGACUGGCUGCUCCACCUGGGCCGUCCACUCCUCCUCUCCUCCACCAGGCUACACCGGAGCUGGUGCCCACACAGUCGAGCCACCAAGCCCUAACACCCACCCCACUUCUAGCAUCUUUGGGGGAGGCCAGUCGCACCAUGUCUGUCAGCUGUGGGACGCUGGGAACAUCCCUGACCCAGGAGAUCCUCAGUUCCCUGGGUCUUGCCAACAAGACCGCAGCUUGGGGGACUCUGGGGACCCUCAGGACUUUCCUGAGCUUCAGUGUGGACAAGGAUGUGCAGAGGCUGUUAAAGGCCAUUACAGGCCAUGGUGUGGACCACAGCACCAUUGUGGACGUACUGACAAAUCGGAGCAGAGAGCAAAGGCAACUCAUUUCUCGAGCCUUCCAAGAGCGCACCAAGCAGGAUCUGCUGAAGUCCUUGCAGGCGGCACUCUCUGGCAACCUGGAGAAGACUGUGGUGGCUCUCCUACAGCCCGAAGCCCAGUGUGAUGCUCAGGACUUGAGGGCAGCUUUGAAGGCCUCCGGUUCUGCUGGUUCCAAGGAUGUGGCCUUGGAAAUCCUGGCCACCCGAGCGGGGCCUCGACUGCGGGAGUGCCUGGCAGUGUAUAAGCACGAUUUCCAGGUGGAAGCUGAGGAAGAUAUCAGGACUGAGACCCAUGGCAUCCUGCAGGACCUGCUUCUGGCCCUGAGCAAGGGGGCCCGUGACAGCUACUCUGGGAUCAUCGACUACAGUCUGGAGGAACAGGAUGUUCAGGCACUCCUUGGAUCCAGUACAGCAGGCCAAUGGGUCCUGCUCCUUACACAACGCAGUCCUGAACACCUCAUGCGAGUGUUUGAUCGGUAUCGGCGAUGCACUGGGCAAGAACUGGAGGAUGCGAUCAGGAACUGUUUCCAUGGAGAUGCCCAGCUGGCUUUGCUCAGCCUAGCGUCCGUGAUGCGAAACACAGCACUGUACUUCGCGGACAAACUUCAGCGAGCCCUUCAGGAAACUGAGCCCAAUUUCCAAGUGCUGCUGCGGGUCCUCAUCUCCCGGAGUGAGAGUGACCUUCUCAGCAUUCGGACUGAGUUCAAGAAGAGAUUUGGGAAGUCUCUGUAUUCCUCUCUCCAGGAUACAGUGAGAGGGGACUGUCGCUCAGCCCUACUAGCCCUGUGUAGAGCUGAAGACAUCUGAGACCCCCCCACCACCACUCACACACCCUA